GGAGGAGCCGCGCCCGGGGAGCUGGGAGCAAGAGAGGGACCGGGAGCGGCGAAGGGAGACCAGGAGCCGGACACUGACCAUCAGGGAGGAGACGGACCCUCGGAACCAUGGCUGCUAACAAGAAUAAGAACCAGAGCUCCCUGGUGCUGCACAAAGUGAUAAUGGUGGGCAGCGGGGGGGUGGGCAAGUCGGCUCUCACCCUGCAGUUCAUGUACGACGAGUUUGUAGAGGACUAUGAACCCACCAAAGCCGACAGCUACCGGAAGAAGGUGGUUCUGGAUGGGGAAGAGGUUCAGAUCGACAUACUGGACACGGCGGGGCAGGAGGAUUACGCCGCCAUUCGGGAUAACUACUUCCGCAGCGGCGAGGGCUUCCUCCUCGUCUUCUCCAUCACCGAGCAUGAGUCCUUCACAGCCACCGCCGAGUUCAGGGAACAGAUCCUGCGAGUGAAGGCGGAGGAAGAUAAGAUCCCCCUGCUCUUGGUGGGCAACAAGUCGGAUCUGGAGGAGCGGAGACAGGUCCCUAUGGAUGAAGCCAGAGGCAAAGCGGAGGAGUGGGGGGUACAGUAUGUGGAGACGUCUGCCAAAACCAGGGCCAAUGUGGACAAAGUAUUUUUUGACCUAAUGAGAGAAGUCCGAUCAAAGAAGAUGUCUGAGAACAAGGAUAAGAACGGGAAGAAGAGCGGGAAGAGCAAGAAGGGCUUCAAGCAACGCUGUUGUUUACUGUGAUGUCAGCGGGGAGCGAAACGCGUGGAGGCAGCAGCCAAUCAGGUCCUUCAGUCCAUUCUUUGCCCCUCCCCCCGGCACCCCAUAUAGUCCUUCAUUUCCUGUGUGCCGGGGGGGGGGGAUAUGCACGCACCUCGCUGGCUGCCACAGCACUAAGGGGUUAACCCUCGGCUAACUUGACAUUUCUUUGAUUUUCAUUUCACCGUUUGUCUUUGAAGCCUCGAUUUAAACACUUCAGCGCCACCUUAUUCCCCGCAGCCGCCGCCCCGCCCCCCUGCAAGUGCCAAAGUCGCCUUUUUUACGCAUUUCACUAUUUGGUUCCAGCCAAUCAUUAAACUUCCCAA